AUGAAUGGCAGAACAGUCGGUGAAGCAAAGCAAGUAAUCUAUCAAGUUGGCCAACACGGUGGAUCUAAUGCCAGCGUGAGUGUUGUAUGCAGGGAAAGAAAAAGGAAGAAAAAAAUAUGGAGCGUAGAGUUUAUACUACCGAGCAAAAACCAAAAGUUGAAGCAGACGAAAAACAGCAAGAGGCCUAAUGACAUGCACGCAAUGAACCUGUGUUCAGUCAGUGCAUUGACUGCAUCAUCUGCCAUGGAUCUAAGUUAA